AUGAGUAACUAUGAUGAGGAAGUUGCUGGGCUGUCUAAUAUAGAGGAGUCCCAAACAUCGGGGAGUCUGUCCUCAAACCACGAUGCUCAAGAUGAAGAUGUAGAUGAUGAUCUCCUGUCCGAUGAUGAGAUUUAUUGCUCCUGUUUACUGAAGACGUUGUGUCAUAUCUCCACCCCAGUCACCGUGGGUUUCUACUCGCCACACAGAGCACGUGUUCACUUCCUAAUGGACCAGAUUGCAGGAUCCAUGCUCAAAGAAUCCAUCCCAAAGGAAGAAAGCCAGAAGUCCCGACGCCCACAAGGGAGGAGCUACCUGACUCUCCUGUGGUACAUCGUCUUCUGCCAACCGGUCACCAGCAGAAGGCACCUCCAAAGAGAAACCAUCAAGUUCCUCUUCAUAAAAUUCAGCGCCUGGGAAUAUGCCUGCAGCAACCAGUUGUGGGCUGGGUUGGUCACCAGCCUGUGUGACUGUAUCCGCCAGCACUUUGGUCCUUUUUUGCUGAGUUUCUACCAGGUGGUAGGAAGCCAUCCAGAAUUCGUCUCAGAAUGCGCCAAAGAAAAGUGGAGGGUCAAAAGAAAAACAUGCUGUAUCACAGGAGGACUUGUGGUGAUUGUCUUGCUAGUUGGUGCAGGCCUGGCUACUACUGCCUUCCUCGUGCCAGGGAUAAGGGAUGGCACACUCUUGAAGUACCUUGGUGGCACCUUUGCUGCCAUUUUGGGCUCAGGAUUGGUCAUUGUCGUCAGUCCUAUGAUUAAGCACUUGAUCAUCAGCCAGAAGAAGAAGAUUGAGAGUAUGACCAGCAAUGAGAAGUUCACCAAACAUCUGGGUUUCAGGACUGCAGUCAAGAGUGAGAUUGAGGUCAUCACUGGCUUUAUCAACUACAUGGAGAUCUUUGAGCGUCGGCGUUUGAGGAUUGUCUUUAAGAUUACGAGUUUAGAUAUAUGCCAGCCUGAACAGGUGGCUGGGGUGUUGAACGCCAUCAACACGCUCCUCUCCAAUGGGGAUGCCCGUUUCAUCUUCAUCCUGGUGGUUGAUCCCUCCGUCAUCGUUUCUUGCUUGGAGCAGGCUGGCACCCAGAAGGGAAUGACGGACAACGGCUACCUGUACCUCAACCGCACUGUGAUGCUUCCAUUCUCCAUCCCGGAAAUUGCCAUCAAGUCCAAGAAGCGUUGUUUGCACGAGGCCUUCCAGGAUAACAAAGCUCUAAUAGAUGUCAUCAGCAGAAAGAAAAUGGACUUGAACAGGAUGUCCGACGCAGAAGGGGUGGGCAUGGAAGCAUCGCUCGAAAUGGACCAAACCCAGAUUGAUAAGAUGGCAUCCGAGUACAUCUCUAAAGCUUUCCAAUACUUGAAAAACGAACAGGAUUGUUUCUACCGUUAUAUCCCAGAUAACGUUAUCCAGAUGAGGAGGAUCUUCAACACCAUCCCCAUUACCAUCAGGUUGAUGAUACAACGUCCUGCGCUGAGGCGCAACUUCUGUCCCGAGGAAGUGGCCCGUUGGGUGGUGUUGGCCAACCAGUGGCCGUGUCGCUUGAGUUGGAUUCUCCAGUGCAUGGAAGAAGAGAAGCCGCCGAGCCAACCACCCAAAGAUGAUGAGAAGAUGUUGAUGUGGGACGUCUUCAAGGAGACGUGUCCUGAGCUUUACUCCAAGCAUAAGGAACUCUGGAACAUCAUGGCAUUGGAUGGCGACCCAAAACUUUUUGAGAGAUUCUUGUCCAAUGAUUUUCCUUUCACUGUACAAGAAGGGAAGAAAUUCCUGAAGUAUACUGUGAACUUAGACCAUUCCAUAAGAUGUAAGAUGGGAGAGCUGCAGGCUCUGGCAACUCUGGAGAACUACAGCAAAAGCGGAACCAAUUCAGAGAAGAGGGCUUAG